AUGCAUGCCAUUAAAGUUCCUAAUGAAUCCAGCUUAUUAGUGCAUACUUUCGGCAAAUCACUUACCGGUGGAUUGGAUAGAAAAAAAUCGCUUUCAACCCCAAUCAUACCGCUACAAAAUGAAAAUUAUUUGUGCGUUCCGAAGUUAGGCCAUAGCGGCUUACGCCAGAAACUACCGGAAAUGGGGAUAGAAUUCUCGUUCGACGACAUCGCCAUUCACACAGAAGUGCAUUGUACGACUACGUAUCACACGAUAACAAAAAGUGUGUCACAGUCUACUCUCACGAUUCCAGAAAAUUACAGUUUCACUUCAGUGCAAAUUCAAAUUUACAAACGCCGUUGGUUUUUGUUAGUGCUAACCGUGUUGAGUAUUGCAAUUUCCUACGUACAGUGGAUUCAGUACAGCAUAGUGGCCAAUAUCAUGGCCAAAUAUUAUAACAUUUCUGCAGCGUGGAUUGAUUGGACUUCUAUGAUCUUCAUGGUGAUCUACAUAGUUGCGGUUUUCCCUGUGUCUUACGUUAUGGAUGUAAGAAACAUGCGACAGUCUGCCGUUAUAGGAUCGAUCGGGACGGCGCUAGGCGCGUGGAUAAAAGUUUUCUCGGCUCAUCCCUCCCAAUUUAAAUUAGUCAUUGCUGGUCAAAUUGUGUCGGCGAUUGCUCAAGUAUUUUUACUCAGCAUUCCUUCACGUUUAUCUGCUACUUGGUUUUCACCCGAAGAAGCCUCGUCAGUGUGCGCCUUUGGUGUUUUUGGAGGACAGUUGGGUAUCGCUAUCGGUUUUUUUCUGACACCAAUGAUUAUCGUCAACCAUGCCGACAUUGCUACAAUUGGCGUGGAUCUACAAAUAUUUCUCAUGGGAGUUGCUGGUGUCUCUACUAUGAUAGCUUGUAUGGUGAUAGCGGUUUUCAAAUCAGAACCACCAUUCGCUCCAAGCCAUGUUCAAGCGCUGCAACGAACUAUGAAACCUCGGCGCAAAGACUAUUGGCCAUCUGUAGGACGAUUAAUAAAGGACGAAAACUAUCUCAUCUUAGUGAUCGCAUACGGUAUCAAUGUGGGCCUGUUUAAUGCAUUUUCAACUCUGCUCAACCAAAUUGUCCUAAACUACUUUCCGGAUAGCGCCUCUGAUGCUGGACGUAUCGGAUUGGCUUUAAUUGUACUAGGCUUAAUAGGAUCAAUGGUGUUCGGCUAUCUGCUGGAUACCAGUCACAAGUAUAAGGCAACUGCGGUUUGGGUUUGCCGACUUUCAGCAGUAACGUUGGUGAUAUUCGCCCUUGCCUUGGAAAGCCGAUCUAAAAAACUGUUAGCAGUGGCUUCCGUGUUUCUCGGUUUUUUCAUGACGGGAUUUCAGCCGAUCGGUUAUGAAUUUGCGGCAGAGCUAACUUUUCCCGAACCAGAUGGUCCCGUGAUGGGUAUCUUGAAUAUUUCCACGCAGAUUUUUGGCAUUGUUAUUACUUUGAUGAUUUCUGGCAUUCAAAAGAUAUUGGGCGAUUUCGUGGGUAAUAUAAUAUUUGCUGCGUUUUUAAUAUUGGACGGAAACAUUAUAGGCUUGAUUCGCUCAGAUUUGCGGAGAUAUAAUACACAUCUGGAAAUUGAGAGCGAAGCUGCGAGAGAGUUUGCUGAGGAUGCAAGUGCACACUACGAAAAUAUAUCAAGCUAUGAGGACGCAGCAUUGAAACUGAAAAUAGAUACUAGCAGCUGAUAAGCCAAUGAACUGAAUAGUUUACUAUGAUUAGCGCUAUGAAUUAUCAGCACGUGUAGUUCAGUCGACCUUAAGUUAAAAAUAAAUC